AGCUAUCUGUCGUCGGUGCAGGACAGUUGUAUGCAGCAGAGCCCAGAGUGACAUUGAGACCUGCGUCCAUUACUGAAUCUAUUAUUAGUUCAUCAUUAACUUAAUUCCUCUCAGUUCAACUCUAACUGUCUGCUCAGGAUGGCACAUGAUUGGCAGGGAGGUAGAAGUAGGAGUCACCAACGAUAUGAGGAAGAUGAUGAAGAACCCCAGCCAGUGUAUAUUGGUGUUCCGUUAACACACGGUUACAGUAAAAGGAGACGGCGUAAACACCGCUCCCAACGCGAGAAACAUCACACCCACCAUGACCAACACACACAGCACGAACACACACACCAUGACCAUCACUACGACAACCAGGAACACUAUGAAGAUGAGGAGGAGAUGGAACAACAUGACAUAUUUCACCCUGACUCCACAGUGUCCCCGGCGGCGGAGAGGCUGCGUUACAUCCUGGGUGAAGAUGAUGACUUGCCGACGCCCACUCUGUUCACAGAGAUGGACACACUGCAACACGAUGGAGACGAUAUGGAGUGGAAAGAGUCUGCUAGGUGGGUGAAGUUUGAGGAGAAGGUGGAGGAGGGAGGAGAGAGGUGGAGUAAGCCCCAUGUGUCCACCUUGACCCUCCACAGUCUGUUUGAGUUGAGGACCUGUAUACAGACUGGCAGUGUACUGCUGGAUCUGGAGGGAUACUCACUGCCAGAGAUAGUGGAUGACAUUGUGGAUCGCCAGAUAGCUGAUGGUCUCAUUGGUCCAGAGCUGAGGGAGAAGGUCAGCUUCGUGUUGCUACGGAAACAUCGCCACCAGCAUAAGAAACCCAUGCAUCGCUCACUAGCCGACAUGGGCAAAUCAAACAAUUGCCCCGCCAGUGAGUGCCGUAGUCCCCAGUCUGUUCAUAAUGCCAGCCGUACUAAUUUCAGUCGCAGUCCUAGUUCAGCCUCUGGCAUCCAUCGUUCUACAGAAGACCUACGUGCCAAGUCAGGCAGCCUUGCCCGCCUGCAUCAUGCACAAAGCCGAAGUAUGAACGACAUUUCAGACACACCAAGCACAGACCAGCUGAAGAACAAGUUCAUGAAGAAGAUUCCUCGUGAUGCCGAGGCGUCUAACGUUCUGAUUGGAGAAGUGGACUUCCUGGACAAACCAUUUGUAGCGUUCGUACGUCUGGCCCAAGCUACCACACUGGGAGGCCUGACCGAGGUCCCCGUACCUACCAGGUUUCUGUUUGUCUUGCUUGGUCCUCAUGGCAAAGGCAAGUCCUACAACGAGAUUGGUCGAGCCAUUGCUACGCUCAUGGUGGAUGACUUGUUUAGUGAUGUGGCGUAUAAAGCCCGGGACCGUGAUGACCUGAUCGCUGGGAUUGAUGAGUUUCUGGAUGAGGUCAUCGUUCUGCCACCAGGGGAGUGGGACCCCAAAAUACGCAUCGAGCCCCCCAAGAAAGUCCCCUCUGCCGACAUGAGGAAGUCUGUGCUGAACCUGAACGAGCUGGGCCAGGUAAACGGGGCGGUCGGGGGGGCAGGAGGAGGAGAGGAUGAGGAGAUGCCCGCCCCCCACGAGCUGGGAGAGGAACUGCAAUUCACUGGCAGGUUCUGUGGGGGCCUGUGGCUGGACAUUAAGAGGAAGGUUCCGUGGAUCCUUAGUGAUUUCUCCCAGGGAUUCCACAUCCAGUCCAUCUCUGCUGUGCUGUUCAUCUACCUGGGCUGCAUCACCAACGCCAUCACCUUUGGAGGCCUGCUGGGAGAUGCCACAGACAACUACCAGGGUGUGAUGGAGAGUUUCCUAGGUACAGCGUUAGCAGGUACAGUGUUCUGUCUGUUAGGAGGUCAACCUCUCAUCAUCCUCAGUUCUACUGGACCCAUCCUCAUCUUUGAGAAACUGCUCUACGAGUUCUGCAAGUCUAACACUAUAGAUUAUAUGGAGCUGCGUCUGUGGAUUGGUCUCCACUCCUGUCUGCAGUGUCUGAUCCUGGUCGCCACGGACGCCAGUUACAUCAUCAAAUACAUCACGCGCUUCACCGAGGAGGGCUUCUCCAGCCUCAUCUCCUUCAUCUUCAUCUCUGAUGCCAUUAAGAAGAUGGUGGGAUCCUUCAAGUACUACCCUAUCAACCGUGGCUUCAAGCCUGACUACGUUACCUCAUACAAGUGUGAAUGUAUCGCACCAGACCAGGUUCCACUAGCGGACGAUAACAUGACUGAUUUGUAUAACAUAACAGGUCUGGACUGGAGUCAGCUGAGUAAGAAGGAGUGUGUGAAGUAUGGCGGCGCCCUGUUGGGAAACACCUGUAAGUACGUCCCUGACCUGGCCCUCAUGUCCUUCAUCCUGUUCUUCGGGACCUACUCCAUGACCGUCUCACUCAAGAAGUUCAAGACCAGCCGGUACUUCCCCACCAUGCUGAGGAAGCUGAUCAGUGAUUUCUCAAUCUUCAUGUCAAUCAUGACAUUUGUGGGUCUGGAUAUGCUUGUAGGGCUGGACACACCCAAACUAAUCGUACCCACAGAGUUUAAGCCGACGCGUCCAGACCGUGGCUGGUUGGUGAUGCCGUUUGGUAAGAACCCGUGGUGGGUGUACGUGGCCAGCGCCGUUCCUGCUCUCCUGGUCACCAUCCUCAUCUUCAUGGACCAACAGAUCAGCGCUGUCAUCGUCAACCGCAAAGAGAACAAACUCAAGAAAGGUUGUGGGUACCAUCUGGACCUGUUCUGGGUGGGUAUUCUGAUGGCAGUGUGUUCCUUCCUGGGCCUGCCCUGGUACGUGGCUGCCACUGUCAUCUCCAUCGCCCACAUCGACUCUCUGAAGAUGGAGAGUGAGUCCAGCGCCCCAGGAGAGCAGCCCCAGUUCCUGGGAGUCAGGGAACAGAGGUUGACGGGUAUUCUGGUGUUUGUCCUAAAUGGAGUCUCCAUCUUCCUAGCUCCUGUCCUGCAGUACAUCCCCAUGCCUGUUCUCUACGGUGUCUUCCUUUACAUGGGAGUGGCCUCACUUGCUGGAAUACAGUUCUGGGAACGUAUAAAGCUGUACCUGAUGCCAGCCAAGCACCAGCCAGACUUCUCCUUCCUGCGUCAUGUUCCUCUGAGGAGGGUUCACCUGUUCACCCUGGUCCAGAUCAUCUGUCUGGCUGUCCUCUGGAUCCUCAAGUCUACUGUCGCUGCCAUCAUCUUCCCUGUCAUGAUCCUGGGUCUGAUGGUGGUGCGUAAGAUGAUGGACCUGAUGUUCUCUCAACAUGACCUGGCCUGGCUGGACGACAUCCUGCCGGAGAAAGACAAGAAGAAGGAGAAAGGGGGGAAGAAAAAGAAAGACAACAAAAAGACCAAAGCAGCAGCAGAGACGGAGAGCGACGAGGAGGAGAAGAACGUUUACUCUAGUGUGAAUCCUGAUAACAUUGAGCUGGACCGCAGGUACUGUGUGCUCAAACUGCACGUCCCCUACAGUGACCUGAUACAACCUGCCAUCACACACACCGACUGAGGAGUACAUGGCCAGCAGGACCACAACUACACACACACACACACACACACACACACACACACACACACACACACACACACACACACACACACACACACACACACACACACACACACACACACACACACACACACACACACACACACACACACACACACACACACACACACACACACACACACACACACACACACACACAUUUCACUUGAUGGCAUUCAGUUGUACAACUGACUUGUUAUCCUCCUUUUCCUUCUGUACAAUUACCGACACAUGCUAGGAACCAUUUAGCAAAGUUCCAUUCAAUUAGCAUUCUUUAGCACCCAAACACUUUAUACACAUUUAAUUUCAUAUAAAUAUAUACAAAUAUUCCAUAAACUGUAGAUAUGAUGUGAUAUUUAACAUGUAAACAUAUGUCUAUUAGAUUCAGUUGGAUAGUAGUUAUUGUAUUAUAAGUGUGUUAUGCAUCACCUUUACUCGUAAACAUUGUAUAAAUCACUGUAGUGUCUGGUAGACAUACCCAGACACAUGGAUCACAUGCCAUUCUGAACCUUAAGUCUACUGUCCAAAGCUGUUGGAGCAUAAAUCGCAGUGUGUGAUCUUCUCUUCGUUCAAAAUAUUCUCUGAGCUCCAGCACCUACUCAAACCACUGGAUGUUGUGUGUGUAAUGUUUUCGAGGCGAAGGUCGAGUCAUGCGUUCUCCGAAACAUGACCCGCCAAACCGCGCUUCUAAACACCCGCCCGUUUAACCCGGAAGCCAGCUGCACGGAGGAAACACCGU